AUGACACUUUUAUUUCAAAUUCGAUUAGAACAAGAUAGUUUAAUUUUGAGAGGGUCACCUACGGAAUCUGUGGGUUGUGUUCUACGCGGACAACUCGUGUUAGUAAUUACAGAAACUAUCAAAUCCAAAGAAAUUAAAUUGACAUUUCUGGGAAAGUCAAAAACUGCGUGGGAUAGUGGUAAUGUUAGAGAAACCAGCGAAAAGAGAAUAUUGUAUAAACAUGAUUGGGUUUUCCUUGCUGCGCAAGAGAAAUAUCAUAUUCUUCAACCGGGCAAUUAUAGCUGGAAUUUUGAAUUAGCCCUUCCCGGAACAUUAAUAGAAACGAUUGAACAAUGUAAUAGAAGUUACGUUCGUUAUAACCUUAAAGCUACCUUAAAAAGACCAAUUUUCGCACAAAAUCUUCGUACUAAACGUAAAGUCCAAAUCAAUAGAUGUUUGAUGUCUAAUUAUUUUAAUUCACUGCAAAGUGUUGUUCUUCUUAAUUCAUGGAAGAAUAAAAUUGAAUAUGAAUUUUCAAUUGGAAGAGGAUAUUUCUGCCUUGAUGAUAAAAUUCCAGUAGAACUUAUUAUAAAACCUUUAAUAAGCGGAAUAAUUAUUCGUCGAUUUAAUUUGAUUUUCGAAGAGCACAGAACCUAUAACAUAGGACACAAAACCAUGAAAGAAGUAGAAAUAAUCGAUAUAAAGAGAGAUUCGUCAUUAAUUCCUUUUGUUGGUGAAACUUGGAUUAUAAAUGAAGAAAUGUCAAUUCCAAAGUCUCGGUGUUUAGCAGAUUCUGAAAAUAACCAAAUUAGUAUCGAACAUAAAUUAGGAUUUAAUGUUACUGUUACAUUUCAAAUUGAAGAUAAAGAUUUUUAUAAACUUACAGUAAGUUUACCUGUCGUAAUUACUUCAUACCCAAGUCCAGUUGGUACUACUAUUUUUGAUACACUUCCUACCUACAAUAGUUGUUAUUUUGACAGAGAAAUUAACGAAGAUUUGUCAUCUUCAUUACCUUCUGAUAGUAAUAAUAUAAGUUCCAGAGACAAUAAUUUACAUAAUAAUUUAUCAUCCAGUAAUAAUAAUAAUUUAUCAUCCGGUAAUAAUAAUUUAUCAUCCUGUAAUAAUAAUAAUUUACCUUCAUACGAUAGCACAAUAACCUCAAUUUCUUUACCAAUUAAUGAUUCUAUUUUACCACCAGCUUAUGGGACCAUUUAA